AUGAUCAACGCCAAGAAAGCCCUGGCAGCAGUAGCCGAAGCCUUCUACCCGCCCCUCUACCGCGCCGAUCCCAGCGAGGAGCGAUCCUCACAUACUCACCCCUUCUCCCCAGGUCCCUUCGCGUCAACUUCUAGACACCACGACGCACAUGGCCGUGUCAAAUCCAAAACGGGCAAGAAGCACGUACCCAUGGUGGAGAGGGGCGGAGCAGUCGAUGAGCGGAAAGCAAGGAGCACAAAACCAGCGAGGCCGCGAAGUUGGACCAUGCCUAAUCUUGGCUCGUCGUUCAAGCGGUCGGCUUCAGAUCCGAUUCCCAGGUUGGAGGUGAAGAAGGUGGAAUUGAAGAAAGAUGAGUGGUUGAGAGAGUAUAGUCCUAAGGUCCUCGGAGAGUGGAAACCGGGGUAUAAUGUCUUCAGCCAUCUAGACGAGAAGAUCGCGGAAAUGAAGAAGGAGGAUAAGCGGAAUCGUGGAGAGGAGAGUAUGACAGGUCGUGAGAGGGACUGGGAGGUCUUUGAGGUGAUGGGGAGCGCUGUGGAUUCUCUACUCCACGCACUCAAAGCGGAGAUCAAAGAGAGGAAUAUACUGGAGAAGACUGUGGAGGAGUUGGAGGAGCGGAUGGAGAAAGUGGAGGGUGGAGGGAAGAGAGGGGUGGGUCACGGAGGCGGAGAAGGGGAGAUGAGAGAUUGGUUUGCGAGACAGGGUCGAGCGGGGUCGCUGGAAGAGUUUGUGUGA